UAACAUCUUUUCCAAAUUUUAUCUAGUCAACUUGGGCUUUUUUAAUAUGGAAAAACGUUUUUAAAAUAGUGGAUCAUAAAGGAUUUAUGCUGAGAUAAACAAAGCAUAUAUGACUUCUCUCUGAUUUGGGACAAUAUUCUGAGAUCUUUGGCUUAUGGUUUAUGGCUUUUCACUUCGGGGACCAUUUCAAAGACAUAAUGAGCCUUGCCUCAGCUGUCACCGAAAGUUUGCAUUCCACCUUGAGCACCGGAAAAAAAGUUUAUAAAUGCUGCAUAAAUAUUUCACAGGAUGUUUACUUAGUAAGUAAUGGAUGCUCUAAGACGACAGGUACAGUUGCUGUAUGUUAAACUGUGGUGGUUGAAAUGCAUGAAUGUUUCAGUUCCCACACUAAAGACAGAUAUGAGGAGAUUACAGUACUCAUUCACUGAGCUCUUUAAAAUGAGGAACAAUGGCUCAUUCAUCUUGGUUUCUCCAACCAUCACACAAUAUCUGUUUAAAUUAAUAUAACUAUUUUUUUUUAACUUGUUUAAAACCAUUGAAGUUUGGUCUUGUUAGAAAAUCACCAGCCUCUGGGAGAAAGACUUACAACGUCAAUUUCUGCCAAUGACCAGAGAUGUCACAUGUCUCAGUUUCUCAUUUGGAAUCUCAAAUGGGUGAAUUUAAUUAGCUUCUAUAAUUAGAAGCACAGCUAACUUGGAGAAAACAGUCCUACCUCCACCCUGAGCUAUCUGAUCUUAAACUUUUCCAUUUCUUCCUCUUAUUUCUAUUCUGUUUCAUCCAGACAAUAACCACAUGAAGAAUGUUGAAAAUGGAAGUUUCCUUUAAUUGAUAUUCAAGAUGUCAUUUAGCUCGGAACUUUAUUAUUUAGAGAGAACAUGUAGCUAAUAUUAACGAUGGUCUUGUUCCAUUGAUAUCUAACUACAGAUUAAAGACACUUGCCCUUCCCUCAUCUGUUGAGGAAGUGCUUCCUGUCACUCAUAUUCUCCAUAACCUCAGAUAAAUCACUGGUGUAAUGACAAUAAGCAUUCUCAUCUUGCUAUGACAUGAUGUUUGGGAAGAAAAAUCUAAGACCUUUUACAUAAAAGAAGUUUCAUAAUCUAAAGCUAUGAAAUGGGAAAAGGCAUACUUACCAUAGGUACUUUUUACCAUGAAUUGUGAUUGAAAUCUCAACCUAAAGAUUGCAACACUAUAGACUUCUUUAAAGUUUGAUUUUUCAUGUCACUGAACAUGAAAAAACCUCAGUGUGGGGCAAAAAGGGUGGUAAGCGGAAGGAGAAGUUAAGGACUGAGCUGCUUUGCAGAUCAUAGUGUUUGAAAGUGAGAAGCCGAUUUGACAAGAAGCAAAAACCACACAAUAGAGUACCACGUAAUCUUUCUGCUCACUUUGUUUUACAAAUUUAUUCAAGCUCUUCCUACUAUCUUCUGCUGCCUCCUUGCUCUUCUGUAUCUCACAGAUGUCACUGAGGUAGGUAACGUGGUCCAAGCCUGAGGAAUUCAAGGAAAGAAGAGAAGUCUACUGGACUUUUUCCAUCCCUGAUAUGCACAGGAAAUGAAGAGAUCACCUGGCAUGCUUGGAAUUGAGAAAAUGUCCUGGGUGCUCUUCCUAAUCCCACAUCUGGGCAUCUGGAGUAUCAACGAUUUUAUGUACAAUUGACAAUUACUAACAGAAGGUUUGUAGAAGAUAACAGAAAACCUGAUUCCAAGAAAAAACUCUCCCACCAAAACAAAGGGAGGCAAUUUCCUGUAUGCAGACCAAAAGAGGGCAAAGAUCAUGUAAUGAACAACUGUAUGUAAAGAGAUAUUCCACAUACACUGUGUCAGCAGGGCAUCCAUUUAAUCUGGAGUGCCCUGUGAAAUACUGUACUAAGAGGCCUAUUGUGACCUGGUGCAAGCUCAAAGGAAAAAACUGUUUACCUCUUGCAUAUAAACUUCUGGGAUACACAACUUGGAAAGAAGGGGAGAAUAUUUCAGUUUUUAGUCUUCAUUUUAAUCACGCGCUGGCUAGUGAUUCUGGUUCAUACCGCUGUUCUGCGAAUUUUACAUCCGGAGUUAUUGAAAGCCAUUCAGUAACCAUUAAUGUGACAGAACAGACUCAAAAUAAUUCAGAAUACCCUCUAAUAACAUUGACUCACAUUUCAGAUACAACUGGUGCCUCAGGACCACCCUCUCAGGAAGUGACGGCUGACAAACGAUGGAUGCUUUAUAGUUUGCUUCCUUUGGGGGCAUUGCCUCUGCUCAUUACCUGUUUGUGCCUGUUCUUCUGCCUUAGAAGGCACCAAGCAGGAAAAAAGGAGCCUUCUGACACAGCAGGAAGGGAAAUUAACCUGGUUGAUAUUCCCCAGCCCUUUCGGAGUGAGGAAACUGAAGUGGGAACCGGGCAAAAUCCCCAAACACUGCUAUCAGAAACUGGUACUUAUGACAAUGACCCCUGGUUCAGGGUCCAGGAAGAGUCUGAAGUUUAUUCUAACCCAUGUCUGGAGGAAAACAAGCAGGGCAUUGUUUACGCUUCUUUGAACCAUUCUGUCAUUGGAAUAAACCCAAGACAAUCAAGGAAUGUGAAAGAAACACCUACAGAAUAUGCGGCCAUAUGUGUGAGGAGUUAAAUUCGAUCUUGAUCUCCAACUGGUGAUCACUGAAAGAUAUGCAUGUCAACACCAUUACCAAGCCCAACAAAAGGUUAAAUAACAUUCCUUGACCUGAGAAGCUUCACUUUAAGGAGGUUCAUGUUGGUGCUCGGGUCUUAAGGGUUCAUAGGACAAAUGACUAAAAUUUCUCCCCCCAAAUUCUGAGGGAACUUUUUAUAUGACCCCCUUGAACAACAACACAAAAACCUUUCCCUCCAAGACUAAGUGAUAUUAUGAGUAGCAGAGUGGCAGAAUAUUUAAACGUAGCUACAUUUUACCCAAUGUACAAAGCUAAUAUAUUUUUUGGAGGAUAAGAGACACAUGUAAGUAAGAGAGGUUUGUGUUAUCUGGAUCAGUUCACUACACUCUCUUGACAAAGAAAGGAUGUCCCAAUUUGACUAACUAACCAUCAACACAGUCAUGAUAAUAUGUUUAUUUCUGGUCAUUCUUCCAUGAUGAGAAAUAUUCCUCUGUCCCUCUAAUACUGUUUUUUUUUAAUGUAAAGAAGUAACUUUAGACUUGAUAUAAGAAAAGAAUGGAAAGCAUAAAUGGUUCAGUAAAGAUGUGGGCUACACCGACUACCGUAGAGCAGAUGCUCCCCAUACCUGACACGCAAAUGGUUUUACAUUGUUGAGCAAAUAUAGGUAGUAAUGGAGCAAUUAAUGUGUGGUGCAUUUAUAAACAAAGUUGUGACUCAGUGGUUAGGUCACAUGGACUAAUGUAUAUGAAUGUGAUAUAAUGCUGCUGAAUUAAUAUACUCGUGGUUGUUUAAAUAAACUUAAAAAUAAGCAUCAUCGAGCAAAUGCAGAUUAAUGACUUAAACUGCUUCAUAGUUGAUCUGAUAGCAAAUGAAAAGAACUAUUAAUGGAAUGGAGAGGGGUGCCUGGGUGGCUCAGUCAGUUGAGCGCCCAACUGCAGCUCAGGUCAUGAUCUUGCGGUUCAUGAGUUCGGGCCCCACGUCGGGCUCUGUGCUAACAAACAGCUCAGAGCCUGGAGCCUCCUUCGGAUUCUGUGUGUGUGUCUCUCUCCCCCUCCCCUGCUCAUGCUCUGCCUCUCUCUGUCUCUCAAAAAUAAAUAAAUGUUAAAAAAAAAUGGAAUGGAGAAAAGUCUUGAAUAUUUAGUUGGCCAGCCCAGGUCACCAUACUUUCACUAACUACAUCUGUAUCUUGCUGUUGUUCUUACUCCUUUCUAGGGAAGUCAGGGCAAAUCAUCCAGAGUGAAGUGGUAUAGCUUCAUAACAAUUCAUUAAAAAUUUUGUAGUUGCAGCCACUUGAGUAGAGCAAAAAGAGAUGGGUUCAAACUUUCUGAAUUUCCAGAGUACUUGAGUCUAAUUAUGUCAAAAAUAGCCUACAACUUCAGUCAACAGCAUGAGUCUAUUAGGCUUCUCAAGUGCUGCCACUGAAGAAUGCAGUAGACCUCUUACAAAGUGGACAGCAAACGUUGGGAUCCAUUUGCACAAAUAUGUGAGCUGCUGCACAAAUGAAUGCGGGAUGUGUGUGUGUGUGUGUGUGUGUGUGUGUGUGUAAGGGAGGAUAGAUGACUUACAGAAGUGGUAAAAAAGACAAACUGACAAAACUGACAUUCCAUUUCAGUUUCCUAAAAAGUUUAAAAUACUACAGCAAAUGGAUCAUUAAAGAAAAUGUAUGAAAGUAAUGUAUGAAGUUGCGGGGACAGGAGUAUGACAUCCCAUACAAUUUUUUAUGCCAUGAAGAUAAAACUGGGACUUUGUGGUGGAGCUUUCUUCAUGUAACACUGGCAUUAAGAUUUUGCCCAUUAGAUUGAGAUUGUGAGUCACUGUUAUCUAGCCAGUGUGAUAUGGCUAUACCCGAAAUUUUGAGCAAUCAGUUCCAGGUAGGCUCUUUCAGCCAAGCUGCAUUUAUGGGCAAUUACGUACAAAGGAUAUAUUAGAAUAACUGUUUGUGGUAUUCUUAAAUAUAGAAACAGGAAGUAUGGGGAGGAUACAUUUAGCUGUCCUUAUCAGAUAAACACACAAUGCUGAACAGUUCCUUCAUAAUUUUUUAAAAAUUUAAACAAAAUAUGUCUGUGUAUUAUUGAGGAUAUUCUUAGCAUGUCUUAUAGUAAAAAUAAUGUUGGUAAAGAUUUCACUUCUAUAAAUGAUUUAUUCUUACAUUUGUACCAUGCUGCCAAAAUUCCAAAUCAUUGAUGUUUUUAUUCCUUCUUAAUAAAAGCUAUCAGAGUUAUACAUGUAUUUCCCCCAACAAAUCUACUCAGUAUUAUUUACAUGGUGUAUUUAAUUAAGGAAAUAUGAGAAAAAGAAUAUGUAUAUAAUUUAAUGAUUUUUCAUGAAUUUUUU